AUGUCGCCACCAUCUAUCGCACAGCUGCCCUCUGAGAGCACAACCACACCCACAGUAAAAGCCAAAUCACCACUCAAAUCUUCGCAACAACACCCAAACCAAAAGCACACCUUCCCCACCAACGCCAACACCCUCGACUACGCCAGAUCCCUAGACACCAACUGCCCGCUCCGCCACCUACGCAACGAGUACAUCAUCCCCUCCAAAGCCAACCUCAAAGUCAAACACGCCAAUGAUCUCUCCACCCCCAACGACUCGUCCGAUCCAGCAAUCUACUUCUGCGGCAACUCUUUAGGUCUCCAGCCCAAAUGCACCGCCUCCUACAUCACCGCCCAGCUCAACACCUGGUCGCACUUGAACGUACAUGGCCACUUCCGACCUAUCGCGGACUCGCCGCUGAAGCCAUGGCAGGAGCUGUGCGAGCAGGCGUCGGACCUCUCUGCGCCGAUUGUGGGUGCGCUGCCUAGUGAGGUCAGCAUGCAGGCGACGCUGACUGUGAAUCUGCACUUGCUGAUGGCGAGUUUCUACCGGCCUGUGGGUAAGAAGUGUAAGAUUCUGAUGGAGAGCCAUGCGUUUCCUUCGGAUCAUUACGCGGUGGAGAGUCAGGUGCAGCUGCAUGGGUAUAAGGCGGAGGAGGCGAUGAUUUUGUUGGAGCCGGUGGAUGGGGAGCACGUGUUGAGUACUGAGCAGAUUUGCAAGGCGAUUGACGAGAACGUUGAUGAGAUUGCGUUGGUGUUGUUGCCUGGUAUACAGUACUACACGGGUCAGCUGUUGGAUAUCAAGACGAUCACGGCGCACGCGAGGAGCAAAGGUUUGACCAUUGGGUGGGACCUGGCGCACGCGGCGGGAAACGUGCCGCUGUAUUUGCAUGAUUGGGACGUGGACUUUGCAGCGUGGUGCACGUACAAGUAUAUGAACUCAGGUCCCGGUGGUAUGGGUGGCUUAUUCGUGCACGAGCGGCAUGGCAAGGUCACCAAGGAUGAAAACACAGGCAAGCUCGACUUCCGCCACAGGCUUACGGGCUGGUACGCUGGCGACAGGACGAGUCGCUUCAACAUGGAUAACAAGUUCGUGCCUAUCGAGGGCGCCAAGGGCUUUCAGGUCAGCAACCCUUCUGCGAUCGACCUAACGAGCUUGAUCGCGUCGCUUUCGGUGUUCGCAGAGACGUCGAUGGAAGAGCUGCGCAAGAAGAGUCUGAGCAUCACAGCGUACGCAGAGCAUUUGCUGCUGAGCGAUGUGCCUAAGGUCGAUGGGCAGCCGGCGUACGAAAUCAUCACGCCGAAAGACCCAGAGCAGAGGGGCGCGCAAUUGAGCGUGCUGUUCAAGAAGGAGGGUUUGCUGGAGAAGGUGGGCGAGGGUAUGGAGGAGGCAGGCGUGGUUGCUGAUCAGAGGAAGCCGAAUGUCUGCAGGGUGGCGCCAGCGCCGAUGUAUAACUCAUACGAGGAGGUUUGGCGGAUUGUGGGGAUCAUCAAGGGUGCUUGUGAUGCUUGA